UUUGUAUUUACAGGAAAUUAUACAUUUAGAGAAAAAUCUUCCGCUGAAUGUUUGCGUUUGUUACAUUUAGCUUGCUACGCAAACUUAUUUUAUUUACUAAAAGAAAAAUCUCCAAUAUAUAUAACUUGCUUCACAACAAAAGCCUCACACAGGGGGAGAAGAAGGUCAAUCAUGCGGAUUCUCUCGUCCCGCCUCGUUAACUAUUGCCUGAAAGGGAGUGUUGUAUCUCUGUAUUCUCGUCAAUCUCGCAGUUGGUGCUCAUGGGAAGGGGAUCCUGGAGAGAUUGCCGACAAAACCCCACCGAAACGGGUGAAUGGGACAGAAGCCGUAGAAAAGGAGAUGAGAGAGAUGAGGCGGGAGAUGGGUAUGGCGAUGGCCAAGUUACAGGAGGCGUCCAAAUCAAACGAGGAUUUGAUUACAAAGCUCAAGGAAGAUAUGAAGAGCGAUACCGAGGCAGUGCUGACGAUAGCGACUUGGGCGUUGGUUAUUUAUUUGGUCUUCGGUGAUAAAGCAGCGGUUGGAUUCUCGAUACUCUUUUUGUUUAUUUUCAUCGUCACUAAUUAAUUGCAGGCCAUAAGUUCAAUUUUAUAAUGCAGUUUUCUUUCGGUAUCUUUGAGACCCAAAAA